AUUUUCGCUGGAAGGUCAAGGACGUAUCGCGGGAAAACAGUUGGCUGUGGAAAAAACCUACCAAAACCGAUAUUAGCGACCUGAGCUACCCUGGGUUGAAUUAAGGGCCUUUAAGACAUCCGACUCUAUCAAUAAAAGCAUUUAGCACAGAUAACGAAAAACAGUCAUCGGAGGAAAAAGACUUGUUCUUUUCACGGAAACAAAUCGCACAGAAACGUUGGCGUGAGAAGAAAACACGCGACUCUGAAUAUAAAUAAUCGAUCGAGUGUAGCGGCAGAGAGAUGCAUUCUGUAUGGAGGCAAUAAAGUGGAUCUAAUGGCAGUGAUAUAUGGUGUAGAAAAAUGAGUGUUGUGAUUCGAAAACGGUGUCACGCAUCGGCUUUGCAAAAAGUGCAUUCAGCCAUAUGGCCACGAAGUUCAUGAAUUUCUAUCAUGUGAGUAUUCUUUUGGGGAUAUGAAUGCAAAGAUCUUUCUGGAAUAUAAGAACAGCAGAGAUGAUGACGAUGUUAAUGAGUUAUGACAACCAAUCUGUUGGGAGUUAGAGUCUCAAGCUGCGCAACGUUUCGAGUGGAGAGAAAUCUGAAUAUGCUUCGUCUUGCUUACGCUAUUGCAACAAGGUCUUUGUCCCGAAUAUGGGCGUUUUCAUCCGUCGAUAAUAAUCCCAGAAAUAAAACAAAUCGGUUGUAGGAUAUAUUGUGUUUUUGAAACGGGAAGUUGGAAUGCAUGCAUGCCACGUGAAUUCAAGAGAUAUUUUUGCGCAAAAAUAAUAUUGUUUGAUUCUAAAUGGGACGCCUUUUGUAUAAUAUGCGAUGUAAAACGUAGAAAGUACACAUAUUUAAUACAAAUUGCCAUAUUAUAUGUUAUGUGUUUCAUUAUACUUAAAUCAAAUAUGUAUUGGAUUGCUAUAGAAUGAGAGAUCUAAUAAAAUACUAUGCCUGUAUAUGAUAUUUCGUAUUGAAAAACUACUGCGUAAUGAAGCGUGUAUAGAAAUUUAAUGUAACAGAUGUCCAAUACGACUUAUUAUCAGUACAUCACAGCAUUAUUGGGAAAUGAUGACAAAGCCAACAAUAAAUGAAUCGCGCCGUUGUAAAUACCCUUUUAGUGUUUGUCGAUAUUAAACAAGGUGUUUACAGAGAAUGAUAAAACAAGUGUCAGAAUCAUCAAAUGCAAAAUCAAAAUGUACAUAUAUAAAUGUGUGAAUGUAUAGAGUAGGAUCUUGUGAACAUCGUCUCGCUAUUCUUUAAAGUAACAUUGGAACCAUAUCAAGCCUGCGUGUUUCAUGUUUAAUAUCAUAACAACCUGGUUGUUUCAUUCAAUUAAAUAUGUGUCAAAUAUGAAAUACUAAUUUUGCACGUCGAAAUCUCAAAAUUUAAGUUCAGCUUAAGUACAUAAAAUAAGAUGGUGUAACGUUUUAACUAACGGUAAACGAGAUCAGACUCAGAACAACAUUUCUAAUGUGAAAACAAUAUGCGCAACGGUCAAACGAGACUCGAAAUAUCCGUGGAGAGUGAAGCGGACAGGAGGAACGCAGACAUUGGCGACGUGAAAAACGCCGCAGCCGAUGAUGACAAAGAUGACGAAAACAAAGAAUUAAUCUCGCUUGAGCCGGUUAACCUGAAGCUGUUCGACACGCAGCUAUCCGAUGACGAGCGGAUCGUCCUGAACGUGGGCGGUGUCCGGCACGAGACUCACACCAGCACACUGCAGAAUGUGCCCAAUACCCGCCUGUCGAACCUCGCAGAGAUGCACGCCGGCUCCAGCAACCCGAAGGACGUCUACUUCUUCGAUCGACACCCGGCCGUGUUCAACUCUAUCAUAGAUUACUACCGGACUGGCGAGCUGCACGUGCCGCUCGAGGUGUGCGGGGCGGUGGUGAAGCGAGAGCUGGACUACUGGCAAAUCAACGAGAACAUCAUCAAGUCUUGCUGCUGGCGCACGUACCGCUCCUACAUCGAGAACAAGCGCAUCCUCGACUCCUUCAACCGCAGCAUCAGCCGGGAGCACGUCAAGGUUGACACGAAGAACCUCCGGGGAUGGAAGCGCGUGCAGACGGAGGGUUGGCUCAUACUGGAGCAUCCGCGCACGUCUAGGGUUGCUAUGGUGUACGGUGUGGUGUCCCUGCUCUUUGUCGUCGUAUCCAUUUCCGGUUUCUGCCUAGAGACGCUCCCCCAGCUGCGACCGGAUGUUCAAGUUGUGAACACCUCUUUGGCCGCUAAUAUGACUUACGAAGGGGGCUGCGCAAUCGACGCUUCCGUGAAAUACAUCCUGAACCCGAACAGAAGCCUCCAGAUUGUUGACACAAUAUGCACGAUAUUUUUCACCAUCGAGUUGAUAGUGCGUUUCAUAUUUUCACCGGAGAAAUUGACAUUUGUUCGGAGCCCCAUGAAUAUAAUCGAUCUCCUGGCGUUGGUGCCGCUAUACAUGCAACUAAUUCUUUCCAUUGAGAGCUUUAAAUUCUGUCUUGUUAACGAAAGCAUGAUGAUUGAGAUCAUGUUUAUUUUACGCAUUAUCCGGAUGUUCCGAAUCUUUCAUUUAGUAAAGCACUAUCAAGCGCUGCAGAUAUUAGUGUACGCUCUCCGCGCGAGUGUUCAAGAGUUGCUCAUGUUAGGUAUAUUUCUGCUCAUCGGGAUGCUCGUUUUCGCCACCAUGAUCUACUAUGCAGAGAGGAAGGACGCCGUCACCCCUGGCGACCAGUUCCAAACUAUACCGAUUGGGUUUUGGUGGGCCAUAAUCACCAUGACGACGCUCGGGUACGGUGACUUUUACCCGACGACGCCUAUUGGUUAUGUCGUGGGGACCAUGUGCGCUGUAAGCGGCGUCCUACUCGUUGCGUUGACGUUUCCGGUCAUCUCGAACAAUUUUACGCUGUUUUACACGCACGUGCGCUCGCGUCGAACCCGAUGUGAUCCGAAUAGUCCCGAGCCCGAACAAAGCGACACGGGGAUUUACGAGUCGGACACGGAGGAGGAGAAUAAGGUUUUGUAUCAAAAUGCCAUUCGCACUUCAAAUGGUUCGAUUAUCCUUCCGACCAACCGAAGCUUUGUGAUGUCUCGGAACAUGUCUGCGGUUACGGAAAUUGGAGGUAUAGACUUCGGUUUGAACGGGAAGCUGGACGUCCGGAACAACUGCGGUAAGAAGGACGCUACGUCGAUGGUGAACGUUCUUGUGCGAAGAAAUGAUUCGGCGCUGUUGUCUAGGCAGGAUUCGACAAAGGCGCAUUCGGACGAUGGAGUCAUGUACACGGGUGCAUCCCGACCUUGACUCCUAUGAAAUGUUAACCUAUAAAAGCGACAAUAACAAAAAAAAAACACACAAGCUUACACACAAAACGUAUUUCUAAAAACAACAACAAUAGAGCCUAGAAAACCUAGGGACACAUUUUAUGUAACAUCGCAUUACGCAUAUACAAGAGGCAUACAUGCUUAGCAACCUUAUCUAUAAUUACUGAACUUCUGAUUCGUUUGUAACCUGCGCAUGUCCUUUUUCGGAACGUACUGAUAAAACGUCAGUUUUUUAAACAUCAAAAUUAAGUCGUCAUUUAAAUUUGUCUUCAAUACCCGAAAAAUAACAAGAUAUGUUGGACAAAGGUAAAUAAUAAAGUAUGUCACUUGGUAAGUUUAAAGAUUUUAACUAUCUAUUUACAAGGCCCUCAUUAUGUUGAUUUUUAACAUAUGCUUUGUUGGUUUAGAUGGUUAUUCAGCUAUGGGGAAAUACACAGGGAUACGGGGUCUUUGAGCGGUUUAAAGAAUUUGCACUCGGUCUUUGCAUAAACUGUUAGAGAGAUGCCGCUUGUGUUCGAUUUGUUGUGUGAGGUGAAAUUUGAACGCUUAACAUAGCAAGGAUUGUCCGGUGGCAUAAAGGGGAAGUAGGAAAUAUUUUAUUGAACGGUUUCUAUGACGUGCGCACGCGAUAGCUAUGACUGGCGCACGCGAUACAUGUAGCUAUGAAGUGCGCACGCGAUAGCUAUGAUCGGAUUGAGUGUGAACUGCUUCUGCAUUCUGAAAAGAAACGGGAAGACACGACAGUGACACGCUCUACACGUCUUAGCACGGAUAGCUUGCUGAAAACAAUCGAUGUUUAAUAGUUCAAUUUAACAAAUUUUUAUACUUAAUCGAUCGUUAUAAAUUCAUGUACAACAGUUCAUGUACAAACAUAGCUUAAAAGAAAAACAAACCGUAUUUUAUAUUAUUCCGCCAUGGCAUUCCUUUGAAAGCGACAAACCAAAUGUGUACAUUAUGAUAUUCUGCUGUUUUUAUCUUAUUAAUUAUUUAUAUAGACAUUGUACUAUAUACUUGUAUUUCUAUUUUAUAAUAAAGUUUCUUUUAUUA